GACAUGGAGAGCUGUAGAUGCAACAAAGAGCUUCUAUCAGCAGAAUGGGACCAGCUGGAAACCCCUGCAGGACCCUCGAGCCUCCUUGAACCACGGUUAGAAAACCACAGUCGCGGUUAACGGGCGUGCGGUUGCCAAGAGAGGCGCGCGUGCAGUAGCGUACAGUUAUAACGGGAGAGCGGCUCGGGCUCCCCCCCACCCCCCCACGCCAUUUCAUCGCGCCGAGCCCUGGAAUGUCGAGUAGCGGCUCGGGCUCUUCCUCGCGGAAGGAGUUCGAUGUGAAGCAGAUCCUCAGGAUCCGAUGGAGGUGGUUCGGUCACCCCGCGGUCCCUCCGCCUCACUCCCCGCCGCUGGGAGACUACUUCGCCGGGCGAAGAGCAGGCGGCAGCUCCGGAGACGGAGCUUCAGCCAGCGGCUGCAGUAGCUCGAAUUCAGCCAGCGCAAACCCCGGCGCAGGGGGUCACGGCGGGCUGGUGGCCAGCGGCAGCGCUGGGUCUAACCUGUGUAACGGCAAUAACAGAAAGUUUGCUGAUCCGACGGGGAGUCGGGGCGGACCGGGAGGAGCUGCUGGAGCGACGGGGAGCUCCUGCACGCGCUCCUUCAGUCAGCCAGAGUGCAGGAGUCCCGCCGCCGCGGCGCUGUCGUGGGUCUCCCCGCCGCCUCAGCGUCGUUCCCGACCCGCGGCGAACAUGGAGCCCCCCGGCGAGGCUCCGGCGCCUCAGCAGGUAACGUUACCUGAGUCAACCGCUCCCGUGGGGGUCGAGGAGGAGGAGGAGGGGGCGGCGGCGGCAGCACCAGCCGCGUCGGGCACUGAGGACAACCACCAGGAAACCGACUCCAGCUCGUGCAGGACGUCCAACAGCAGCGCCACGCUGUCCUCGUGCGUGUCCAUGGAGCCAUGUGCGUGUCCGGAGGAGUGCACGUUCACCGCCUUGUCCCACGCCGACGUCACCUUCCGCAAGAUGGAGGGCUACCUGAGGUCCCGGCAGCUGUGCGACGUCGUGCUGGUGGUGGGAGACAGGCGGAUACCUGCACACAGACUGGUGCUCUCGUCCGUGUCGGACUACUUCGCGGCCAUGUUCACCAGCGACGUGAGGGAGGCCAAGCAGGACGAGGUGAAGAUGGAAGGAGUGGACUCCGAUGCAUUGUGGGUCCUGGUGCAGUAUGCAUACACAGGCCGGCUCGACCUGAGGGAGGACACCAUUGAGUCUCUGCUGUCGGCCUCCUGCCUGCUGCAGCUGUCGGCAGUGGUCCAGGCUUGCUGUUCGUUCCUCAUGAAGCAGCUCCACCCCUCCAACUGUCUGGGCAUCCGCUCCUAUGCCGACGCCCAGGGCUGCAAUGACCUGCAGCGGGCCGCUCACGCCUACACCAUGGAACACUUUUUACAAGUGGUGGGAGGCCAGGAGUUCCUGUUGCUCCCGGUGGAGGAGAUGGAGAGGCUGAUCACGUCGGAUGACGUCAACGUGCCCGACGAGGAGACCGUGGUAACCUCUCUGCUGACGUGGGUCCGCCACGACGCCGACGUGCGACAGCGUCACCUGCCCUUGCUGCUGGCUCACAUCCGACUGCCACUGCUGCAGCCGCAGUUCUUGGCCGACCUGGAGUCCAACCCUCUGCUGCGGGACAGUAUGGAGUGCCAGCGACUGCUGAUGGAGGGCAUGAAGUAUCACCUCUUGCCCCAGCGCCAGCCGCUGCUUCAGAGUCCCCGCACCCGGCCCCGCAAGGCCACGGUCGGGGCCAUGUUCGCCGUAGGGGGCAUGGACGCGACGAAAGGGGCCACCAGUAUCGAGCAGUACUGCCUGCGUCGGGACACGUGGAGGCAGGUAGCCACCAUGAGUGGACGGAGGCUGCAGUUUGGUGUCGCUGUCCUCGACGGCCGUCUGUACGUGGUGGGCGGCCGAGACGGACUCAAGACCCUCAACACCGUGGAGUGUUACAACCCCCACAGCAAGGCCUGGAGCGUCAUGCCUCCCAUGUCAACGCACAGGCACGGCUUAGGCGUGGCCGUCCUCGAGGGGCCCAUGUACGCAGUAGGAGGACAUGAUGGCUGGAGCUACCUCAGCACAGUGGAACGGUGGGACCCUCAGGCUCGCCAGUGGAGCUUCGUCGCAAGCAUGGCAACACCCAGAAGCACAGUGGGAGUAGCUGUACUCAACAGCAAGCUGUAUGCAGUAGGAGGUCGAGACGGCUCCUCCUGCCUGAGAUCGGUGGAGUGUUUCGACCCCCACACCAACAGGUGGAGCGGUUGCGCUCCCAUGGCUAAAAGGCGUGGAGGUGUGGGCGUGGCCACAUGGCAUGGCUUCCUGUACGCCAUCGGAGGUCAUGAUGCUCCGGCCUCAUCCCUUGCAUCUCGGCUAAGUGACUGUGUGGAGAGGUAUGACCCUCAGACAGAUGUGUGGACGGCAGUCGCCCCGAUGAGCAUCAGCAGAGAUGCCGUUGGUGUUUGUCUCCUUGGCGACCGCCUCUACGCUGUGGGCGGCUAUGACGGGCAGGUGUAUCUCAAUACGGUAGAAGCCUACGACCCUCAGACAAACGAGUGGACACAGGUAGCGCCUCUGUGUCUGGGCAGGGCAGGAGCAUGUGUGGUGGCCGUCAGACUGUGAACCCCCCCACGACCCCCCACCCCCAAAACCAAAGUCCCAAUCCACCUGACAUGUGGCUCGGAUCGUCCGAUGUGGUCGCUGUAGUCCCACCGAGAACCCCCGUCUCCCUGUGGCCGACGCCCAGAAGGUGUGAGACAUGAACAUGAAGUGGUUUACCACUUCGGCAAAGUCACACUCAACUCUCCCUCCCGGCUGCCUCUCGUUCAUUUCGACUUGGGGGGGGGGGGGCGACUUUGUGCGCCAAUGAAGUCUUCGUAUUUGAGCAUCCUGAUAACUUCUGCCACAGAAGUGAACCGCCUCCCGUGAUGAAGAGGAACCUGCGGUGUUUAUCCGAGCGUGAAACCCAGAAACUGCUUCACAGUUUCUGGGUUUUUUUCUUUUUUAAUCUUGCCUAUUAUUUUGUUCCUGUAGACAAGCUGGGACACACACACACACACACACACAUACACACACUUACAUGGUUGCUUUCAGCUUCUAUUUCUGCUGACAGAAAGGGUGAGAGAGACAUAGUGAGAUUGUCAAGGCUGUGGAGGUGCCUCGUCAUUUUACGCUCUCGGCUCUCCUAACAAUGCCUGAUGGCGUGUAUUGAUGCUAUUUUCAUAUAUCCUUGAUUAUUUUAUGCCGCGGUUGGCGAGUUGCUCUCUUUCUUUCCCCUCCUCGCUGACAGAUGAAAGAAAGACUUUUGACACAAUCAGCACAACCUUAUGAACAGUCACGCUGUGAGAAACUGUGGCACUCUUUAUUCUUCUCAGUCAAAACCAUAUCAUCACGCUUUUAUCUAAUAUGUCUGUGUGUAUGUCUCCUAUGUUGCAUCAGUUCACAUCUGAAGCACACAGUACACUGUGAUUCACUUUUUAUACAAGCUGCAAUCGCAAAUGAUCCAACUUCUUUUUUUUACUUUCACAUUCUGCUUAAUGGUCCACAUAAUUGUGAUCCAUUAAGCACAAACUUGGUUUUAUAACGAGUAAUAAUAAUGUAAUCAUUGUUUUAAAUGUCUUACAGCACACAGGGCCAGCUAUUUACAGGCUUGGUUUUACACAGGGUCAGGUGUAUGUGUAUGUGUGUGUGUGUGUGUGUGCUCGCGCUCAGAGAGGAGUAUAUUUUUAUCUCAAAUGAGAAUCUUCCCCUCUAUAUGUUCAAUUCCCUGCUGUCUUCUUUUCCUCCCUAUUUUCCCAUUUCAUCACCACACACACACACACAGAGACACAAUACAUACACACACACACACACACACACACACACACUGACACGAAUAGCAGAAUUGGAUACCCAGACAAAAUGAACAGACCAUAUAAUAAUGAAUUUAUUGUGGUUGAUUCAGCCGGUGCCAACGUUUUUGUUUGAUGUCGAGUUCAAAGUGUUUGAUUAUGAAAAUGUAUCCUGUGAAACAACCUCACGUGUUGCCGUGUUUGUGUAAACUUGCACAUCGAGACAUACAAAGAUGCGGACUGCAGGUGCAAUACGAACAUACGCCACAAUCAGUUUAUGGAAUAUACUUAAUUGUGUAUUUCCCACUCUCGUGUGUGUGUGUGUGACAGUGAGAAGCAAAGCAGGCAUCCUGUCUGAACUGACAGAUCUAGAGCUAAUGUAGCCCCCAGGAUGCACUUCACAAACACACACACGGUCAUAUCACAGACGCACAAUCACUCCCACCCACACACACACACUUAACCACACAGCUGAAAGCCAAGUGCCCCAAGAGCCAGCGAGGAUUGAAAAGCCUCCCAGAUCUACCGGCAUGACAUCUAAAAAGCAGAGCCGGUGCCGUGUGAGCGAUUCCCCGCAGCUGAACUGAUGUUGAUUUAAGCCUAAUGCACUGCUGCAUUAUUCUAUUUUCUUCCACCUUCAAACCCGCCAGCUGUUUAUUUAGAAGAGUAAUUCUCUUUAGAUCGGAGCAGGAGAAGUGUGUCACCUCCACCGUGUCAAGGUAGUCAGAGAGUUUGAUUUCAGUCAGAGGUUAAAAACAAAGACAGAGAUUCCAAAUCAAACCAUAUUUUUUGUGUAUAGUAUGUACAUAAAUAAAUAUAUCAGUAUGUCGUUUUAUUGUAUAAUGCUGUAUAUUAUACAGUGCCCACUAAAUCUACCACGUGUUAUUGUGCAUUUCUUUUUGUACCAUGACUUGAGAUGAAGGGGUUUAAUAAAAUGACGGCUGGUGAGAAAUGGUACACCUCCUCUUUUUGUAUCGGAAUAUAAUGCUUCUCCUCUUUUACAAUAUAAAUUAUGUAUGUACAAUAUAUGCUGCUGUAACAUGCUGUUAUUGGUCUUUUAUACAUUAAAGUCAAGAUGUGAUUUAA